GUUUAGUAGGGGUUUAGUUUGGCAAACAGCAGUCGUGUAAAAUGUGUGUAAAAUGUGUUUAAUAUACGUAGAAAAAUGCGCGCUUUGCAGCAUUUUGAAUGUUGGAUUUCGCCGCAACGGAAAGCAUUUUCGCCGCAGCGAAGAACUGUCAAACAUUACGUAAACACGUUGAGCAAAAAACUGUUUUGAAUAUCGGGCUAGUAAAAAGGCCCCAACUUUUAGCGCAACUAUAGGUAUAGUUAGGGUAAAUGAGUAGGAAAUGUGCUGGUUGUGCAGGCCCCGUAUAUAGUAGAAUGGCGGCAAAUCGACAUCCGCUCAACUGCUGGCUUACUCGUGCGGUUCUAACCGGUGCCACCGAGAGGCGAUGGAUCAGCUGUGCGGUGGCGCUGAUGCGCAACCACUACGAUUCCCUCGGAGUAACGCCGAACGCUACUCAGAACGACAUCAAGCAGGCGUACUACAAACAGUCGAAGCUGUAUCAUCCGGACAAGAACAAGGGCAGCGACAUCGCGGCCGAAAAGUUCCGGCAAAUUACGGCCGCCUACGAGGUGCUGGGCAACUACCGUCUGCGGAAGCUGUACGACAAGGGUAUUUUGCAUACGGCCGGUCGGCAGUACAGCGAUCCAGAGCAGGCUUCUGCAGAAACUGUGGAGGACGAUGCCCAGACACGGUUCUACAAGAAACGGAUGACCCGGUCGCAGGCACCGACGGCUACGGGGCGCACACCGAUCUAUGACUUCGAUGAGUGGUCCCGGGUUCAUUACGGGUCACGGUUCGAGCAGAAGAUGAAAGCCGAAGAGCGGUUCCGCAAGAAGGCGGAACGGGAGGAGAUCUUCAAGGCGCGACUGCAACACGAGUAUAUAAUAUUCCCCCUCCUGUUGUUCUGCCUGUUCUACUGCGCGAUAGUAUUUCAGGAAGGUACCUACGACACGCCGAAACCUGUGACGAAGAAAGAAUCAGAAAGUGAGGAAUAGUGUGAUGGUGGAUUGAUCCGACGGU